GGGCAUCGAAAAAUUGUAUCAAACAAAAAACAGAAGUAUUCUUCCGUAAUACGUACAAGUUGAUGUAGAAGUAAGUUCGUCUUAGUUGGGUAAAAGUGGAGUUAUACAAAAGUAGGUGAAGUUUCUAUAUAUGAUAUAGGGACGCACGGCCCCCCGCCCCCCUGUGAAUGGCCCUGCACUGGCGCUUGCGCGCUCUUUUCCGAGCUGCUUUGCGCGGAUUGUCGGGGUGGAAGGCGUCAAAACUGGGAGCGGGCGCCCCCUUGCGCCUCUCUGCGUGUUCCCGACAUAGAAGGCCGCCGAAGGCGGCGACGGUCUGGAGACCUGGGCCCUUUUGCCGGGUUGCCCUCACCACAGGAGGCAGGAGGCCGAUGACCAAGGGCCCGGAGGCUACAGGCCACACGGCUGAGGGGGUCCAGCCUUGCGCCUUUUGCCGCCUUCAGAGGCCUUCCGCACCCGGCACCCUGCUGCUGCGGCGAGGGGCCAGCACAUGGGAAACCUGUAGGGUACACGCAGGCAGCUGGAAGCGAGGGAAAGAGGCCCCUUGCGCCUCUUUGGAAGCCUUCCACCCCCGGCAGACGCCUCCAAAAGAGGCCCGGGGAUCCACGCCCCCCCCCGGCGCUCGGAGGGCGGCCGCUACCCUGAACCCUGGCGCAUAUAUCUAUACUAGUUUGCAGUUGUAUCUACGUUUUGGGGUAGCGUUACAAUUAAUCUUCAAGACAGCUGCACACUCGCCAGUUGUGCUCAAUAGUGAAAACAGUCAGUCGACUUGUUGUACCUUCUUUGCACCUCGGUGGUUCAAAUUUAUGAGGUUGCUUGAAUAAAUGGGAACGGAAGGUUUCGGGGGUGUCUCAGUAAUCAGGAUAAUUUGAGUACAAAUAUGUUCGUUGGUGAACGUUAUUUUUCAAAGUUGUAGACAGAGUAGUACGUAGAAUAGAUAUGCGUUCUUAUGUUGACUUUCGGUUUCGGAGUAUAUACUUAAAUAAACAAAGUUUUUUGUAUCUGGUUUGCUCUUUUGUCGAUCUUUGUGUGGAUAUCUUGAGAGCAGCAGCUUUAUCGGUCUUGAUAUAGAUGUAGAAUAUAGACCUACAUUUGGCUCAUGGCUUUUUUUAGUAGUUUCGCUGCAUAUGGACACUAAAUACAACAUUUUUUUUAUAGACGAACAAAUUAUCAAUGACGUUUUCUUCCCAUAUGAGUGAUCUAUAUUUGAACGUAGUUUAGUACCCCACUCUUUUCGCGCAGAGCACUCUGACGAGAAACGAUUGCCAUUGACAUUUUUAGCGAUAUUGCUUAGCGACGUUUUUACUGACUUACUGUUCUACUUCUUGUUCUUGCCCCAGUAAGAACGAUUGACAAUGAAUAGAGUAUUCGAAUUUUUUGGGAGUGGCUUGUCCGCCCUAACUUCUCCGAAUAAGAACAAGAGUGCAGCUUCAUCUCAGCCAACUAGUUCUUCUUCUUCCGCCGCAGAUAAUAGUACUGCCACCAACCAGGACGCCGCUAUUCAAGGACAUGGCGACGCGCUGUCCUCUUCUGUUCUGGGUGCUCCUGCGAACGGAGGCGCUUCUCAGCCAUCCAUCACAACAUCGUCCUUUACUCUACUAGGCGGACAAGAAAGGAGUUUGAACAACGACCAUCGCAGCGUCGUACCAGAGGCCGUCGGAUUGCACAACGGUUUGAAUACAACUUCGAAUACUGUACAGCGCACCGACAUGCAGGCAACAGCUUCCAGCAGCGGUGCAGAGAGCAUGGUGACAUCGGCGGCCAGCAUGGUUCAUCCACCUCAGCACAACGACAUGAUCAAUGAGACUAGUAUAUUCAGUAUGGGCAACAGCACGAACGGAAACCACAUGCAUCAGCAAGUCCAACAUAGCAGUAACAUCAUUCCCUCGUCUGCGCCUACGUCCAACUGCUACGCACCACAGAUGUCAAUGCCUACAGCAAACAUCUUGUCUAGCGGAAUGGUGCCACAUGCUGUGGCUCCGGGGCUUGGUGUGGCAUCGGACGCACGCGCCCUAGCAUCGUCCGCAGCCGACGCUCUCGUCGAUGUCGACGAGGCGAAGCAUCCAAAUUCAGCUUCGUCGUGUCUGAACAACAACGGUCCAACAUCAAUGACUGCGUCAGGAAUGAGUGGCCCUGGUGGCGGCGUCGGCCAGUCCGAAAUGAACAAGGCCAUCUUGAGUUCUGCACCCUUUUCAGAGGGCAACAGCACGAAUAUUCAAAGUUUCUCCACCGCGUCGAGCAGCCCCAUGCUUGCCCCCGGUGGUCUUGUGAGCACUACCACCGAACUGCAACUCGAUGACACCGGACGCCUUGUCGCGGUACAACGCACGAUAGAUCAGACGACUUUGGUCACGCCUGAUCUGAACAAGACCUCCAUGCAGUCCCGCGGUCUCACUGCAACCACUGGUUUCACACAAUAUAGAAGUUGACCGGUCACCUGCUAGAUUUUCGAUGCAGAUAAAAAGGAAGUGUCUGAACUGUCUUGAUAUCGUUGUGUAGCCAAUUAUACAGCGAAGCACAUAACAGACGUUCUAGCAGUGUAAAAAAAUUUUUAGGCUGCUAUCCUCCCACACCGAGAUAUGAUUCUCCCCCCAAUCGCAAUAGCCAGCGUCCCACAAAAAGUCUCAAGGACGUUGCUCGUAGCUUCAUUCGCACCAUCUAACUCAUGCUAGAUACCUAGUUAAAUCAUCCGACUACUCGGAAAUAGGAUCAUCCACAAAAGAUUACCAACAAACAAAUCCCCGCUACAGCAAAUUCCGGACACUCUGCGCAGACAGCUACACCGAAGAGCGAUCGCGCUGCCCGCCUGCAGACGACGGUGGAAGAGGGAGUAUCUACACUUAGUAUUUCAGUUUCUGCAGUAUCAUAGAUUUGGACUCUGGAUGUGCUACUACAGGCAUUCAGCACUUGUUCCCGAACAGGUCUGGCAAACCAGAACCAGAUAGAACCAGAUUUUUGUUUCCUGAUUCGUCCUGAAAGGUUUGUCUUCGUCUCCCACUCCUUCCUUCCAUCAAACAUGCAAUAGGGUGGAGAAGAUGAAGACACGCAACAGAUUAUUGAGCAAUUCAAUAGCGCGGUGGCUCGCGAUAAUCCAGGAGAAGGUGGAACAACUAGAAAAAAGAUUCCAGUCGCCUGCAGACACUGGUACUUUUUGAUCUUUCCUGUAAAUGAGCUUCAAACCACUCGUGUUCGCAUACAUAGAAAAAGAACCGAGGAUCAUAUGAUUUGCUUUUGCAUGUUGAAUAUCGCUCUUUGGGGAAGUCUUUCUGUGAUGGAACUCGCAACAAGCAGCUCCAAGGGCUUUCGCUCGGCCUCCGAUGGGGGUACUCCGAAUACGAACCCAGUCAGCGCUGUUUACAGACACUCACCCUACAUGGAUAUGUGAUUGAUCUUCGUAAAUAAACAUCAGGCUGGCCGGCCGCUGCAACGUCAUACAUUGUCGUUUCCUGCAUGAGUCGAAUGCACCGCAGGAGGGAGAAGCUGAAAUACCGACUCCUGCACCACAGCCGCCGCCGCCAGCGCGACCGCAGCAGUCGAAACAGCAUGACACCUCCCGCAUUGUAUUGCUUUCUGAAUCUAGUAAACUGCCAACGCAUACUUUCCUAGAGAGUGAAUCUUUCCCCAAAGAGGCACCGUAAAUAUAUCACACAUCCAACACUGUAGUAUUAAAAAGAUCUUGUCUUGAUCUUUAAUGCUGGAAUAAUCCACUGUUUAACGCAUUGUCUCUCAGGUGUGUCGACAUUGGCUGCAAAAUCGUUGCAAUGUCCUUGCCUGUAGGUUUAUGCAUUCGAAUGAAUUCCGCUAUGAGGAGUGUUACCGAGACGAUUCGCGCCGCCCGCGAGAGCAGGUCAGCCGCAACCGUAGGGACGAUCGCUACAUCGAUUACUCCCCUGAUCGCGACGAUAUCUACUGCGCGUAUUAUUCCAUGUGAAAAAUGUCAGCGUCUAUGUUUAAGUGUAAAGACGCACGCGUCAUUGUCGGAGAAUUUCGACGUCUUCCGCAUGUAAUUCUUUCAUGUAAACAUGAUAGAAAUUGAAAUAGGUUUUCUUGAUCCCCGAGAACUCCAUCUAGUUCUGAUUCAUUGUUAUCAUUUUCACGAUUACCAGUGAUGCCGCAGACUACUACGGCGCUUCGGUCCCGACGACAGCGGAAAAACCAGCUACGGCGCAGAAGGACCUGGGACAUGUGAAUCUGGGUUCGAUGAACAUGAAAUCUGAAAUGGAUAAAGUGAACGUUUGCCGUCACUUCCUUGCUGGCCGCUGUAACGUAUCGCAGUGUCGCUUUCCUCACAUUCUUCCCGAAGACUUGCCAGCAUGUACAUCGUUUUCGUUGGGCUCUCUUGCGUUUUGAAUGUGAGUGCUUGAGCUUGUAUGAUUCAUCCAGUCUCAUCAGGUAGCCAAAUAGGGCGACUAUAAUUGGUGAGCUUAGGAUCUCCAUAAUUAAGGUACUUUAGUUUGGUAAUAUUUUCCUAAGGACAACAUCGUCAUCUAUCUUUCGUUUAUUCUCACUGCAGAUGUUCGGGCUCUCGAAGAAAAUCGGGAAUAUCUGACGGCUUUCGACCAACGAAGCGGAGGGCGUACUGUAUCACGCAGUGCGACAGGUUACAGCGGGGCUAGUCCUACACGUACAUACGGGUCGAAUUCCAGAGACGCGGAACUUGCUGCUCGCAGUACCCGUCCCGAUGUGUCAGCGUACUAUCCUUCCUACUCAACGACCACUGGUGCAGCAAGUGCAUAUCAGCCCGCGUCGUUUCCCACUGCUUCCACACUGCCGCAUUCAGGUGUGCCACCGAGGUAUUGUUAUUUGCUUUGUUGUUUUUAUUCUAGCUGCGACAUUUCAUGUCAACUACUUGUGCUUCUUGUUCUCUUUAUCAGUUAUUUGUCUCGUCUCCGAACACAAUAAAAAUGAUCUCUUGAUGGAUACCCAUCGACAAACUGAGCCUGACCCUUGUCAAUGUACUAAAUAACACAUCAAUCUAACUUUCUCAUAAUUAUAGAAGGAAACUUUUUCUAGGUCGGGAGCUGCAGUGCCGGGAUAUAUGGAUCAGUCAGCGGUUGUUCCAUCUGCAAGUGUUUACGAGCUGCCACCAUCCUACGGGGCGCAAGCCGCAGUAUUUUCUAUCAUUCUUCAGCAUAGGUUACUAGACUGCAGUUUUCCUUUCGCAAUAGCAUUGCAAGAGCUAUCCAGACUGCAUAUGACUCACCAGUAAAGCUUUGGGAUUACCAACGUUUCUCUCAACUGAGAGAGGAUGAAUAGGCCACGUGAUUCGACUUUUCAGGUGGAUCCGUUGGUGCAGGUCACUGCUGCUACAGGCUAUCCGCAGUAUUCGACCGCGGGUCUCAAUCAAGACUACAGCGCCUAUUUAGCUGGAAUGCCUUCGUCCCACGACGGCCUGUCUGCAGUGGACACGUACGCGAGCGGAGCCGCCGCCGCUGCAGCGAUGUCGAUGGCGCCUCACACCGCGGGCAACACUGCUACUUAUCCUACAGGAUAUGCUCAGGCCCCGCCGCUGCAGCAGGGGUACCCGCAGCAGCACGCAACGAUGCAACAGUCCUUAGUUGGGGCAGCUCCGUCUUACUACUGA